GAAAACAUGCCGUUGGCUUCCUUCUCCUUCUCGGUCUUCUUGCGAGAGGGAGAAAGACGGGACGGCAGGAUUAUGGAGUAGCGGGAGAGGGUUUCUCUUCGUCUCUCCCUUCCUCUGUUUUCCUCUUCUCUCGUCUCCGCCGACGGCAAUAGAGACAAUAUGUAUGUUGUUUCAGGAAAAUUCCUUUCAACAAUCAUAUUGAAGAUCUUAUGAUCCUAUUACGAGUCUUCAAAAGAUGAUGGAGAUAUACAUGAUGAGGAUUUAAAAAUAGGUUUCCAAUCCAUCAAACGGCCCCUUAUGUUCUCAACAUCCGCCGGCCACUGGGACCGCUGACGACCACGCGCAGUGCUGGUGACAGUAGCCACCCGCAUCUCUCACCGCCUGAACGCACCGGCGCACCUCUAAGAGAAUAGUGAUGAUGAAAUCUGGAGUGGAUGACACCGAUGAAGACUUUGUUUUCUAUGGUACACCUAUUGAGAGAGAGGAAGAGUUGUCAAACCGGAAGAGGAAAAAAAGUGCCGACAGUGGUUCCAUGCGCAGUCUUCCAACUUGGAAGCAGGAGGUGACAGAUAGUGAGGGCCGUAGAAGAUUUCAUGGAGCAUUUACUGGGGGUUUCUCUGCUGGAUACUACAAUACCGUUGGAUCAAAAGAAGGCUGGUCUCCACAGACAUUUACGUCAUCACGUACAAAGAGAGCUGAAGUGAAAGAACAAACUAUAUACAGCUUCUUAGAUGAGGAUGAGAAGGCGGAAAUGGAAGGCAAUGCCUUGAGCACUUCUUUUCAGUUUGAUACAUUUGGAUUUACUGCUGCAGAAAUUGCUCGAAGACAAGCUGAAAGCGAGCACUCAAAGAGGCCUUCAGCUAUCCCAGGACCUGUUCCUGAUGAAAUAGUUCUACCUGCAACUAAAUCUGUUGGGGUGACCUUAUUGCUCAAAAUGGGAUGGCGUCAUGGCCAUUCAAUUGGUGUUGGACAAGAUGAUUCUGCAUAUGGUACUUUCUGUAUAGAUAUUUUUACACAUACGUUUUCCUCUCUUUUCUCAGAUGCUCGCAGAGAAGCCAGGAAAGCAUUCCUUGCUUUUUCAUGCAGUCAGGGAAGCAAUUUUACCCAAACUGAGUCUAGUAAGUCUGAUUCAACGUUUGAAGUGGAUAACCUUGUGGAUGCUGGCAGACUUGUUUCUGAAAGUACCCCUGUUUUUCUACUGCACAAUAAGCAGGACCUACAUGGUUUGGGUUAUGAUCCCUUUAGGCUUGCUCCAGAUUUUAAAGAAAGAAAAAUGUUGAAAAUGUGCAAGUCCAAAGAAGUUGGUAACAGGAGAUCCAUUUAUGGCAAGGAUGGCCUCUUCUCUUCUAAUUCUGGAAGAUUGGCUUCUGGUAUUGGCAUAGGAGUGCUAGAAGAUCUGGAUAUAGAGGAUGAAGAUAUAUAUGCUUCUGGAUUUGAUGUUAAAGAGACCCAUUAUGAGGAAAUUGAUGAACCUUCAGCAUUGAUCCAAGAAAAUCAGCAGCCAUUGUCUACGAAAGAAGAUGGUAUUGUGCGUGGUUUUAGAGUUGCAUCAAUUUCUGACUAUCAUCCAGAAAGAUUCAAGCCUCCUGUUAUCCCACCUGAAUUUGAACCUCAUCACAUCUUCACUCGUCCAGAGAUUCAAUUGUGCUCUAUGGAGCCUGCCCCCCCAGAGGUUCCUCCACCUGAAGACAAUGACUUGCGCAUUAUGAUUGAAGGGUUGGCAAAAUUUGUUGCACGUUGUGGUAAAGCUUUUGAAGAUAUAUCUAGAGAAAAGCAUAGCAACAACCCACUAUUUUGCUUUCUUAAUGGAGGAAAUGGCCAUGAAUUUUAUGUGAGGAAACUCUGGGAGGAAAGAAGGAAACAGGCUACUAGAAGUGAUUCCUUGAAUAAUAAAACAAGUCAAGACUCACUGCAUAUGACUGCAGAGAAACGUGGGAAGUUACUGGGUGAGAAGUCCCUCAAAAGAAGCUCUAUGGACCCCAUGUCAGCUCCUGUUUCUAUGGAAGCUAUUCAAUUUCGUUCUGCUUUAUCGGACACAUUCACCAAAGCUGCAAGUAUGCUGGAGGUAGCAAAAUCUGCAAAGCCUUUCAAAGAUGAUCCUGCCAAACAAGGGAGAUUUGAACAGUUCCUUAAGGACAAAUACGAAGGUGGCCUGCGGUCAACAUGUUCAGAUGGUAGUAAUACCAUGACAGAGACAGCUCGGGCAUAUGAGAGGCUAGAUUUUGAGGCUGCGGCAGAGAACUUGGGGAAAGGAAAAGGAAACAUGCAAACUUUUACUGCUGAGGAGAAGCUGAUCGAGUCACCAAUUAUUUUUACAAAAGGCCUCUUGGAUAAAACUGAUGUCUCGCAGCAAGUUCAUGAAAAAGAACCAAAGAGAGGUUAUCCCCAGAGGACUGAGUAUCAAUGGCGACCUUUACCAAUUCUAUGCAAGCGAUUUGAUGUUCUCGAUCCUUUCAUUGGAAAGCCUCCUCCCUUGCAGAGAACCAGAAAUAUAGUGGACAUGCCUGCGAUUUCAAUUCCUUUUCGGAGCAUGAAGGAAGUGGGAGAUGAUGCCAGAAGUAGAGGUUCAACAGAUCCAAGAAAUGGGGUAAACCAAACAACCUCGGUUGAAUUGGCACCUGAGCCAGUUGACUUAAUUGCACAGAGGCCAGUGGAUUUGUACAAGGCUAUAUUCUCAGACGAUUCAGAUGAUGAAAAUGAAGUUUCUAGUUCUCCAACCCCUCAUCAUGAGGCCAAGAAAAUUGGAGUUAACAGUACUUUAAAUCGAUUGAUUGCCGGAGAUUUCCUUGCAUCGCUUGGCCAAGAGCUCGGCUUGCGGGUGCCCCCUGAUCCAAUUUACUCCCGGGAGAACCUUGAGGGGUCUACCUCAAAAGAGACAAAUAAGUAUCAUUUAAAGGCCUUGUCAGGAGGCAACCAGUCCGUGGCUGGCAAUUUUAAUGAUGAAUUGAGAUUUCCUUCUGAGAAAGCACAAUCUGACCGUAAAGUCAUGGUUCAGGAGAAAGAAUUUGCUGUGAGAAGUGGUGAUGGUGGGGAAAGUACAUUUAGGAAAGGAUCAGGUGUAUCUGGUUCCUCUGGUAAUCAAAGUGCUCCUGUUGAGAGAAAAACCGGGAUUAAUCAAGAGUAUCAAGUCGAAUUUAGAGGACCAGCGAGGGCUGCUUUUGGUGCAGUUAGGGAGGAUUCUUCUGAUUCUGAUGGGAGCAGAUACCGUUUUGAGUCCUCGGAAAAUAAAAGGGAGAAGAGGAAAUCACAUGGACAUAGACGUUCAAGAAAGAGCAGGUAGAAACUUGUGUUACUAUUGUACGAUACGUGGAGAGGGAUGUGUUUUGCAAUUAGAUGGUCAGAAAAUCUUGUUCGCCUUUUCAUCUUUUGUGAAUAUGUUGUUAUGGUAAUAAAUCUUUCAAGAACUAGUUUCGGGUACACUAUUUAUUUAUUUUUCAAAAAUAACCAAUAGAACCAAUGCUUGGGCGAUAUGAAUCCGCUCUGGCAUGUACAACAGUGAUUUUCAGAA